CGCUGAACACAUCUGGACUCGAACAAGACCCGAUCCGUUCGGGUUAUCCGUUAUUGUUUUGCAUCAUUUCGUCGUUUUUUGGACAAUACUGGCCGCCGACACAACUUGCCUCAGCUUUUAAACGGUUCGGGGUUCACUUCUGUGCAGCGCUCUGACAUGAUGUACGGGUCAGCUAGCUAACGUUAGCCGGACAGCUAGCGUACACCGUCCGCUGCCUGGGGAAAGUAGCGGAGUCCGAGCUUCUCCUUUCAGCAACCCGGACUAAACAUGGAGAAAAGAAGUCGGCUUUUAGAGCUGUUCCACUAUUCGCAAGACCCCCACCUUGUCGCCCGCUUUCAGCACAUUUGCGGGGUACGCGGGACGUUUUCGAGAACCGUCUCUGCCGGUAGUACCGCCAGUACCAGCAAGGAAGCGGACCGGGCUCACCCGCACAACAACGGGGCUUGCCACCAUCACCUCACCGCGGAAAAUGAGAGUGAAAUCAUGGCCGUUAUUGGAGCCGGGGAGGGCGACAAAGUACAAACGACAACAGCGGGCGUUCGGAAGAGGUUUGUCGGCUCUAACGAUGUGAAAAACAACGGAGAGGAAAGUGAAAAUUCUUCUCAGAACGGGGCAGCGGUGUCCGCGGCGACCGCCGGCGGAGAAACGGUUGGUGGGGGGAGUAACGGCCACAGCCUCGCCGGGACCACCGCCGCAGCUCGGGGCGGUCACAGCGGCCAAGGGGCGACCAGAGAAGAGGAGAAGGAAACUGGGAAGGGCCGUGAAGCCCCAUGUCCUCCGGGGAGCAGCACUCUGAAACCCCUUCGCAAAAACUCUCUCACGGGCGAUGCCGGGCAGGAGUUCAUGAUCGACAACCGGUUCCUGUACUACCUGUUCACGUUCGGAACCGAGCUGGGCAACGAGCUCUUCUACAUCACCUUCUUCCCCUUCCUCAUGUGGAACGUGGACGCCUUCGUGAGCAGGAGGCUGAUCAUGGUGUGGGUCUGGGUCAUGUACCUGGGUCAGUGCACUAAGGAUGUGAUCGGCUGGUCUCGGCCCGCUUCGCCGCCUGUGGUCAAAGUGGAGAUGCUUUACAACUCGGAGUACAGCAUGCCGUCCACACACGCCAUGUCGGGCACGGCCAUCCCCUUCUCCCUGUUCUUCAUGACCUACGGCCGCUGGGAGUAUCCCUUCUCACUGGGAUUCAGCCUGGCCCUCUGCUGGUGUCUGCUGGUCUGCUUCAGCCGAAUCUACAUGGGGAUGCACUCGGUCCUGGACGUCAUCGCUGGUGUUUUGUACAGCGUUCUGAUCCUGCUCUUCAUCCUGCCGGCGUUGGACCUGAUCGACAACUUCAACCUGACGUGCCGCUACGCUCCCCUCGUCAUCAUCUCCUUGCACCUCAGCCUGGGCCUUUUCUCCUUCAACCUGGACACCUGGAGCACCUCGCGGGGUGACACUGCUCAGAUCCUGGGCUCGAGUGCCGGCGUGGCCCUGGCCUCCCACGUCAACCACCUCCUGGGUCUGAUGCCCGACCCGAUGCCAGAGCAGCUUCCCUUCGCCAUGCCUGCCCUCAGCGCCAGCCUGGUGGGCACCGCCAUGCUGCGACUCGCUGUGGGCGUGCUGGUGCUGAUGGCCACUCGGGCGCUGAUGAAGGCCGUCACCAUCCCGCUGGUGUGCUGGGUGUUUGGAGUGUCGAGCGCUGACGUGAGGAAGGCCAGGCAGCACAUGGAGGUGGAGCUUCCCUACCGCUACAUCGUUUAUGGGACGGUGGGCUUCAGCGUGCUCUUCCUGGUGCCGCUGCUCUUCAGCUACAUGCAGCUUUCCUGACUGGAUAAAGGAUUCCUGACUGAAGGCUGGGAGAUCUGCUGCAUUUGGCCUCGACUGUAUCAGGUCUACGUGUGGCGAGUGAUAUCUCUCCGCUCUGUUCUUUAGAUUUAUCUAAAGUCAAAUCAAAUGGCUCCUCCUCCUGAUCCCAGGAUGCACUGAGCCAAGCACCCGCUCGUCCUCCACCAGCUUAAUUCAGUCAGAAGCUUUUCUUAAUCUUCAUAUUUGAUCUUCUCUUCUUUCUCUCUUCUCAAAGCAAUAAGCCCCUUUUUUCUACUUCCUUCUUCUUCUGUCGGAGUUUAUGACCCCCCCACCCUGGUAUUUAAGGUCUUUGGACUGUGGUAGAUGUCUGACUGAAGCAGUCAGAAGUCAGAUCCGUGCUCGAUUGCACUGCACACUCUUUUCCUAAAGGGCUCUUCCCACCCUUUCUGUCGUCUGUCCUCUGCUGAGAGCGACUGAUGACCGGGCACAUACUGUAUGAUUCAAGUGUCACUUUGUUUUUUAAUACUUUUUCCUGAUGACAGGAAUUUGUCCACUUGGCUCAGCAUUUUUUAACACUGUAAACUGACUUCCUGUUUGAGAUGCUCUUGAAGGCACUUCCUGUACAAAGGAGAGUUUCAUCUGCACAUGUCAGGAGGGAGGAGGAGGUCAGGAUGAUCCAGCUCAAGCAAGAAAUAUAUAUAUUUUAAACAGGAAAGUUCAGGGUCUUAGACUGUAGAGUGACGUGGAAACGUUCAGAAAAAGCUUCUGAUGUUACAAGGAGAAGCUCCUAAUUCUGACAACAAGCUGAAAAUCUGCACAAAGCUGUAAAACUGUAAUAUAUUCCAACAGGUUUGCAGUGAAGACAUGACCAAAGUCCACCAGUCGUUAGGUCAUAAAUCACAUUCUCAAGAAAUUACUGAUUCUUUUCUCUAAAUAGUAGUUGUUGUAAAAUUAUCAUAAAAUUAGGACUUUAACAGCUAAAGAGUAUUUUAUUGUGAUGAAAAAGUCAUAAAACAGAGCGGUACAAUAAGCCGAAAGUCCAAUUUUAGAAAACUGAUCCCUGAUCUGAUUUGCAUUCGCAGCAUAUUGAAUUUAUUAGAUAAUUAUUAUUAUUACAGCCCCACAGCAGCUCAGGUUUCUGUAUCUG